AUGGCGACAGGAGCUGGAUCCAACGGUGCAGGAGCACGAGACAAUGGCGGCCGAAGGAAAGUCCUCCAUCUUACCCGAGAUGCGGUUGUUGAUCGUGCGUCAAGGAAUUGGGUCGAAGAAAUCCGACCCAUCAAGCAUAAAACAGACGAAGUGUGGUAUGCAAUCGAUAGCAGCUGCUGUCUGCAUACUAUGAUCAGGUCCUGUGAGACGGUCGAGAAUGGGUACGCUCAAAUGUACCAACUCCGCGCGCCGGUCCAACAAGAGUUUGAAGAUUCCGAAAAAGAGUUGGAACGAUCGUUGAAACAAGUGCUGGCUGGCCAAGAAGACGCUGACAUUGAAACUCUCGCCCAACAGAUCCAAGCCGAGGAAGGAGUUGUGGCAGCGGCCCAACGCGAGCGUUCCCAGGCCAACACGACAAAGAGAGCCUGGUUGGAAAAGCGUCGAGAAUUCAUGCGUGAUCUUGAGGCGCAGGCUGCGGACCUGAAGAGACAAAUGCAGGAGUUGGAAACAGAGAUGGGUGGUAUGGGUGUUCUUUCUGAUUUAUCCAGUGACCAGCGCUAUGAUUUUUUAGUCAAGAAGCAAAAGAUGAGAAAGUUGCAAUUGUCCUUGAAGGACUGCGAAGACAUCAUAUCUAACCCAUCCCUGUUGUCUGGCUAUUCCGUUGACGACUUGGACCAAAAGGCCGCGGAAGCAACAGCCAAGGAAACGGCAGCCAACACAAAGAAGCGGGAGUUGGAGAAACAUUUUGAGGCCAAGGAUACUCUUUCCCUCCUGAGACAAAAGCUUAGAGAGGUCGGCAAACAAUUGGCGGAGUUUAUUCGUAUGCAAUCGGAUGCAAAAAAGAGGCUUGAAGGUUAUAUGAAAAGAAGCUCCAAGGUUCCUAUGUCUCCCGAUCCUCACUGA